AUCAUCCCCACCCCCAUUUACUGUUUAAUUUUAUUCCUUCUUCUCUCUAAAACCUCUCUCUUAAAUCUCUCUUCUCCUCUCAAUUUCGUCGUUUUAGCCUUCGGCGCCACAUUUCUCUAUCUCAUCUGCUUCGUUCUCUCUCUCCGAUCUCCCGGAAAGAGAGAUGGCUGCUCAAACGGAUGUCUGCUCCUCGGAUUUAAGUGCUGAAACCGUGGGGCAUGCCUUUGUCGGUCAAUUUUACCAAAUUUUGCAUCAAAAUCCGGAGCUUGUCUACCGAUUUUACCAGGAUUCAAGCACAAUGAGCCGACCAGGUCCUGAUGGAACAUUGUCGACUGUGACUUCAAUGGAAGGAAUUAAGGAGCUUAUGCUCUCCUUAGACUGUGAAGAUUACAAAGCAGAGAUAUUAACGGCCGAUGCACAAGCUUCUUAUAUGAAUGGGGUGAUUGUCUUAGUGACAGGUCGUUUGACUGGAAAGGACUACGUGAGAAGGAACUUCACUGAGUCAUUCUUUCUAGCUCCUCAAGACAAAGGAUUUUUCGUACUCAAUGAUACGUUCAGGUUUGUUGAGGAAGAUAGCUCCCCGGAGGUAAAUUCAGUGGUGGAGAAGGAUGUUGAUACAAGUGCACCAGCAGCACCUGUGAUUCCCAUUGAAGAGACUACUAAAGCCUCAGAUGUUACUGUAAAUCAUGCACCAGCUGUGGAGGAUGUGACAGAAACAGUUAGCAUAUCUAAGGAUGAACCUAAAUCAACUGUCGAAAAGGCUGUUCCCCAAGCAUCUGCUGAUGUUGUCCAACCAGUGGCUGAGACCUUGCAGAAUGGUCAUGUUGAUGCUCCUAAGAAGUCAUAUGCAUCACUUCUGAAGAAUCUGAGCGAGGGUGCUAUUAAGACAACCGUGCCUAGGCUUGCUAGUGCUACUAAAGCUGCAAAUUUGAAGGCAUCACAAAAGAGUGUGGCCCCCUCUCCUGCUGUACAACCAACUCGUCCUGCUCCAGUGUCUACAGCUGUCCCUAAAUCUUCCGCUCCCAGUGACAGCAAUGGUAAUUUCGAUGUUCAAGCUGAAGAAACAGAUCAUUCCGUAUACAUUGGAUAUUUGCCCCUUGAUGCAACCGUUGCUCAAGUUGAGAAUGAAUUUAAAAGGUUUGGAGCCAUAAAAAACAAUGGCAUUCAAGUAAGGUCAAAUAAGGGCUUUUGUUUUGGAUUUGUUGAAUAUGAAGAUGCUACUGGAAAACAGAAUGCAAUAGAUUGUGGCCACAUUAUUAUUGGUGAGAACAAAGCUUUCAUACAAAAGAAAAAAACACCUACUAAAGUUAUCAAUGGUGUGAGCAUGUACCCCGCUGGAAGAAAUGGAUACAGGAAUAAUGAUAGUUUCAAGGGACGUAGCAGCAACUAUUCAAAUGGUGGUGGUGGUCGUAACAACUAUGUAAGAAACAACAACAAUGAGAAGCAGCGCAAUGGGGAAGUUCCUAGUCGAGGCAACAACCGUAACAACGGAGAUGGAAACGUUUACCAGAAUGGUGCCGGAAGAGGCUCUCGUCAAGGGCCACCAUCCAAGUAGUAGUAGUAGUAGUAGUAGUCAUCUUUCCAAGAGAGUUUUGUAGUAAGUAGGACGAAUCUUGUGUUGAUUCUCAAAUUCUUGAGGAGUUUGUGGGAAGGGAAAAAAAAAGCUAGAAGAGUUAAUUGUUAUUAUCAUCAUCAAUAUUUUGACAACAAUAUUUUUUCAGAGGAUAGGUAGAAAACAUUGAUGGGCAUUUGUCUGAGUUUGGUCUUAUGUGAAAUCUUAUUAUUUCAGCCUUCUUGUUCGCA